CCGGCAUUAUCGCGACUUCUUGCCACUUCUCUUCGGGAAAUACACGCAAAAUGUUGCGCCGUAAGAGAGGCGUCGCGACGCGGAAAAUGACGAAAAGGGUCGCACCGGCUGCCCUGCAGACGGAAGUAGGAAAUGACGAAGAGUGGCACAAAGUUCUGGAACGAAGUGGCUUGUUAGUGGUAGACGUGUACUCGGAAUGGAGCGGUCCAUGCACGGCGAUGGUGAGCGUGCUGAAGAAAGUCAAAAUGGAAAUCGGCGGCGACACCUUAAGCUACGCUAUUGCCAAAAGCGACAAUAUCAGCGACCUAGAACGAUUUCGAGGCAACAGCGAACCUACGUGGAUGUUCAUUCACGGAGGUCAAAUGGUGAACCUCAUGUUCGGGGCGAAUUGUCCACAGCUUUACAAAAUGUUAAUCACGGAACUUGAACGAGUGCAAAAUGAAGAACCCCAUGAUUUCUGUAUACCAGUUACACAAAUGAGCCCCGAGGAGCAAAGAAGGAUGAAAAUUUACGAGAAAGCCAGACUUGCUAAGGAAGCUGUUCAGAAAGCUCAGAGAGAAGCCGACGCUGUGGCAAAGUACGAGGCCGAAAUGUCGUUCUACAUGGACGUUCUCCACGACGAAACUUGCUUAAUAUUGUACCCCUGGGUCUUCAAAGACGACGAUGGUUUAAGACGAAACAAGAAAGACAGUCCACCGUAUGUCGAACUUACGGAAGAAAUCCUUCCAGAGCAUUACACCAUAGAGGAGCAGUUUAAAAAGCCAUUGGACGACCCUGCUCUCAGCAAAUUAUUUCUAGAGUCGAAUUACGAAGUCAGUGCCGAAGAAAAGAAGCUUCUUCUGGAUGGAAAGUGCUUGCUCAUGCGACUGAAGAUCUGCGUAGACCACGAAGACGUUGACGUGGAAAAGUUCCUUCUGAGUCUGUUAUUUGGGGAACCGGUGUUACCAGAUGUCACGCAGCCUCUUCCUGAAGGAUGUUUCGCAGAGAAACACAGUCCAGCGUACUCCAUUGAUUUGGAUGACAUGGUUUUUUCUCCGGUGGCUUGGGCACCUCCGAGUCCUCGAAGUAAGGUCACAGUCUUUCGGACCAUUUUUCGAAAAUAUCUGGAACUAACUCACCCUUACGAGGACAAGGCCCACAGGUCUCCUGUGAUAGUUUUCAAGUACGACAGUACCAGAAAAAACGACCUAAAAGUUGUAAUGGAAAUGUACGAGUCAGAAAUAGUGAAUUUUGGAGUCUUCGAUCGAGAUAAACCUCCAAGUGCCAAGCAAAUAGCUGACAGCAUAGAAGAAUUCGAAACUCUGGUUAAAGACAAAUCUGGGUAUGAAGUGUUCGUCUGCGUCGUAAAGAGAAUUGGCUCCGAAGCAUUUCUGACUUUUGCUGGAAUCGGGCCUUAUCACGUUAGUGAUGGCCCUGAAAAAGGGUUGGAAGAAUCCAAAUUAUAUUUUCCUGUCUAUUCUAGUGACGAGGAGCAGACUGACGAGGAACAGCAGGAAGGAGAAGGUGAAGAAACUGAACUGGUUUGAGGAAUGAUAAGUGAGUAUGACAAAAUCACUACUGACAUACCGAUAGGAUUGUAAAAAAUACAUAGAUUGUAAGUCGGCG